AUGUUAAUCAAACCUUGUUUCAUGUACUUGAGUGGUGGAAGGUGUGUAUGAAUGUUUUCUGGCCAGAUGUAAUUUAUUCUAUCUACUUUUAGUGUAACAUAUCUAGUUACACUGUACUUUUAUCUGCCUCUUGCUUUCUUUAUUUUAAUAGGAUCUGCAAAAUUUUGGUUAAUUUCUCAACUUCUAAAGUCCACUUUGGCGAGAAACUCUCUUUACAAAAGUUUCAGUGAUUCUGGUAUAUAAGAAAAGGUUACCUCGAAAUAAUAACAUUCGAAAAAUGAGGAAAAGGGGAAAAAAAGGUACAAACAAAACCAGUUUUGAAUUCCCAAUAAUUGCAAUUACCUUAUUUUCCUCCAGAGACUAUCAAAUUUAGCUUAAAACCACCAAUAAAGUUUAUUUUUUAUUUCAGUGAUGUUUUCACUUUAGAUCCUGAUGAUGCCGGUGCCUUUAAUGUCUUUAGCGACCAAAAAACAGCCGGUGGGGGGUGGACAGUGUUUCAAAAGAGACUGGAUGGCCCAGUGUAUUUCUUACUCAGUCUGGAAGAUUACAAACGAGGCUUCGGAAAUUUUAACGGUGAGUUUUGGCUCAAUUGA